AUGAGCAAACUCGACUUCCUGCUGUUUCUCAUUGUGGCCACCAAAGGCUGCACUGCAGCUCAAGAGAACCUGGAUACCAACAGUUGGGCCAAUCCGGUGUGUUCCUCUGUUUUCAGAAGCUGCAAGGAAAUCAAACAGGAGAUGGCUGGGGCACAAGAUGGUCUCUAUUUCCUCCGCACGAAGAAUGGUGUCAUCUACCAGACCUUCUGUGACAUGACCACUGCAGGUGGUGGCUGGACCCUGGUGGCCAGUGUGCAUGAGAACAACAUGUAUGGGAAGUGCACAGUGGGCGAUCGCUGGUCCAGUCAGCAAGGCAACAGAGCAGACAGCCCAGAGGGGGAUGGCAACUGGGCCAACUACAACACCUUUGGGUCUGCAGAGGGGGCCACAAGUGAUGACUACAAGAACCCUGGCUACUACGACAUCCAGGCUGAGAACCUGGGGAUCUGGCAUGUGCCCAACAAUAGCCCCCUGCAAAAUUGGAGGAACAGCUCCCUGCUGAGGUACCGCACCUUCAAUGGCUUCCUGAACGACAUGGGCCAUAAUCUGUUUGGCCUGUACCAGAGAUACCCAGUGAAAUACGGAGGAGGGAACUGUAGGACUGACAAUGGCCCAGCAUUACCUGUGGUCUAUGACUUCGGUGAUGCUCAGAAGACAGCCUCUUAUUACUCCCCUUAUGGCCAGAAGGAAUUCACUGCAGGAUACAUCCAGUUCAGAGUGUUUAAUAAUGAGAGAGCGGCCAAUGCCUUGUGUGCAGGGAUGAAGGUCACUGGAUGUAACACGGAGCAUCACUGCAUCGGUGGAGGAGGAUUCUUCCCUGAAAGUUACCCCACACAGUGUGGAGACUUCUCUUCAUUUGAUGGGAGUGGAUACGGAACUCACAGUGGGUACAGCAGUAGCCGGGAGAUAACUGAAGCUGCUGUGCUUCUCUUCUACCGUUGA